GCUGAUGCUUGCCCAACAACUCGGACCACAGGGGCAAUGGCCUGGCUAUCCCUGUUUCGGCCAAUGGGAGCCUCACCCACACACCUGGACGUCCCUGGUUAGCGUCCUGAACAGGUUCGUCCAAGACUCCAAGCUACCCUCGAGCUGCCGUCCUGUUAAAUCAACAACUCAAUAUGCGACGUCGUGAGCAGCGUCCCAAUCUCCUCCUUCUCCCAUUGAGUUUGCGCCUUGGCGCGGGGAGCAGUCAGGGAGGCGCAUGGAGCAAUAACAAUAUCACCUCGUACACGGCCUCCUGCCUGCUUCAGGUCGGCAGUCCGUUUCUAUACCAGACAACCGCUCCUUAGUGUCCCCAAGCCCAGGGAACGAGGCACUUCGUAGACAGACAGUCGUUUCAUCCUCGAGACGGACUCUCGAACUCCACCAUGGCACCGACUGCGGCCGCCCAGUCAGCAGCAGAUGCGACCGCCGCAUCUGGCCAAACCAACUCGCCUGCGCCCAUGAGCGAGCCGUCGUGUCAGCUCUCUGAUCAGAUUUUGUCGACCAGCUAUGGCACCCACCAAGGUGCCAUAUCGCCCGAGGCAAUCCUUCGCAUGCUUCGCAACCAAGUCUGCAAUAACCCCAAGUGUGAACCUCCAGCCGCCAUCGACAAGGCUGCCGUCGUCGUCGCGAAAGAUGACUUGUCCAUUUACAAGAAGUGCGAAAUCUCCGUCGGGCUUGCGGGCGACCUGGAAGGCUACGUGUUUCGGCAGGCCGACGCAACUGAGGAGUUGCUCAAUGAUUGUUCCGAGAGCAUCGACAACAUGAUCGACCAGAUCGGCGGUGUUGCCAAAGAGUGUUGGUGGGUCGGAUCGCACAAGAACCAGGUCUAUCAGGCCGGCUUUCGAAGCUUGAAUCCCAGUGGCAAUAACUCCCUACACAUGCAGAACAAUACCAGGAUUGCUGCAACUCUCCCCGAUGUUGCCACGCCAACGGAUAUCUCGGUCAAGCACGAGAAGAACGAUCCCAAGAAGUUGAUACCAGAAGUCAUUGGUGCUGUUCUGGGAGUCAUUGCCGCCAUCAUCUGCCUCAUUGUCUUCAUAAUAUGGAAACGGAACCAACGCGAGCGAAAGCGCUGGAAAGCCGCGUUGGAGAGGCGGGCCAAGAGGAAGGCGAAGAAGCCCGGAGACGACAACGGCCACAGGAGCAAUCACAGUGCCACUCUGCUGGGCAGCGUUACGAGCGCCACGAAAAGCUGGAACCGCACUCCAGCAAUAUCGGCAGCGCCGGUCGGCGAGGGCGCAGGCAGCGGCAGUUCGAGCGGGGACAUCAAAGAGAAGGAGGCUUUCGCUUGCACUACUACUGAGAUUCCAAUCAAUGAUUGCGACAAUGACGCCGCUCUUGCUCGCAAGCUACAGAGGAAGUACGACGCCGCCCAUGAGCGAGCGAUCCAGAAUCCAGACUCCCAUGAUCGUCAACCAAAGGAAAGGGUGCAAAGUCCGCAACCCCCGGGCUACGAUACCGUCAGCGCUGGGACCGCCACGGAUAUGUAUCCAGUCCCAGAAGCCAACAGAGUCUCUCACUUCGCUCCAGCUCUGGGACCAGAUCGUUUCAGAAGACUCUCCUCAGUUACUCACGACGUCGACAACAUUCACGAUGAGACUCUGCCACCGCCGCCACCGCCGCCACCAGUGUCGCGAGGAGCAAACAGCAAGAGUCCAAUCCGACCUUGGCGCGAUGCCGAUGAGUACAUACUGCCGCAAAGCCCGCCCCCGCCACGAGAUUUCGGGAGCCCAUCUGGCUGGAGAGAUACUCUGGUCGAGGACGGCAACCCCAACAAUGCCUUCGUUUUUCCUGCGCCCUCCCCACCACAACGGCCUCUGCCAGCACGCCCUGUGCACUCGCCAACAAUAGGCUGGCGCGAUACUGCUCCACCGGACAGACCACUCCCGGAGCGACCUGGCAUGCGAAGUCCCCAACCCGUUCGGAGAAAUGCAGAUGACGUAUACGACGACGACGAGCACCAUGCAGUAGGCCCUUCAUCUGAGCCUCGUCGCGAAAGAGCCCCCACAGCGACUAGUCAGGAGCUGGCUUUACAAUUACUCUACGCAGAGUUGAGAACACUACGAGAUCAGCGCGGAGGUGGUUUCAUGUGAUACUACUACUACUACUACUACUAUUACUAC